UAUGUAUUUCAAAAACCAUGUGUUGAUGGCUGGUUAAAUUGGUUAUGUAUUUUACAGUAUUUUAUAAUUUGCACAUGAUUUAGCUGUUAUUAAAAACAAAAAAUAAAAUAAUUAAAAAUAAAAAAUGGCAUUUAGAUCAGGUAUGCCUUUAAAGGCAUCAGCAAAACAUCAUGCUCUAGAAACUUUGACAUUUUUAAUGUACACAGCAGAUGAAAUAAGAAAAUUGAGUGUUGUUGAAAUAACAACACCACAAUCAUUUAAUGUCUUGGGUCAUCCUUAUAAUAAUGGACUUUAUGAUCCACGAAUGGGUCCAAUUAGUGAUAAAUCAGAUCCAUGUGGUACAUGUGGUAAAAAUAUAUCACAAUGUACUGGUCAUUUUGGUAGUAUUGAAUUACCUUUACCAGUUGUUAAUGCAAUAUUUUAUAAACAAUAUACAACAAUAAUAAAAUUAAGUUGUUUAGAAUGUUGCACAAUUCAAUUAACAAUGAAAACAAAAGAAACAUUUAUUGAAGAAAUGAAAAAUGUAAAUGAAAAUUCAUUUUUAGAAGUUGAUGAAUUUCAAAAAAAAAUUGAUACAUUAUUAUCAACAAUAUCAUUAAAGAAAUAUAAUAAAUGUAUUAAUAAAUCAUGUGGUAAAUCAUUUGAAAAAGCAUAUGUCAGUAGAAAUAAAAUAUUAAUAAGUAAAUAUGAUAAUAAUAAAGAUGAUAAUGAUAAUGUUAAUGAUAGUAAAACAAGUAAAAAAAAAUUAUUAACACCAAAAGAAGGAAAAAAUAUAUUACGUAAAAUAUGGAUAAAUGAUAGUGAACUAUUAAAAUUAAUAUUACCAUGUUUGAAAUUUGUUGAACUUGAUAACCCAACAGAUAUAUUUUUUAAUGAUGUUGUUGCUGUAUUACCACCAACAGUACGUCCAACAAAUUAUGUUGAUGGACAAAUGAUUGAACAUCCACAGACUUUAAUAUACAAAUCAAUUAUGGAAGAUUGUUUAAUACUACGUAAUAUUAUUAAAGUUAUACAAGAUAAAGAUACAAGUAAAUUGUCAGAUGAAAAUAUAACAUUAUUUGAUAAACUAGUUGGUAAUACAUCAACUGAAAAAUUAAAUAUUGCAUGGGAAUCAUUACAAUCAAAUGUUGAUCAUUUAAUGGAUCGUAAUAUAAAUACAACUCAUGAUUCAGCAAAUGUACAAGGUGUUAAACAAAUAAUUGAAAAAAAAGCUGGUAUAAUACGUAUGCAUAUGAUGGGUAAACGUGUUAAUUUUGCUGCACGUUCAGUCAUAACACCAGAUCCAAAUUUGAAUAUUGAUGAAAUUGGUAUACCAGAAGCAUUUGCAUUAAAAUUAACAUAUCCAGUACCAGUUACAACAUGGAAUUGUGUUGAAUUACGUAAAUUAAUAAUGAAUGGACCAAAUAUAUAUCCUGGUGCUGUUAUGAUUGAAGAUGAAUUUGGUUUUGUUAAACGUUUAAAUCCAAAUGAUGAUGUAUCACGUGAAGCAAUAUCAAAAAGAUUAUUAACACCUGGUGAAAAAAUUGAUAAAUAUUUUGAUGGUAUUAAAAUAGUACAUCGUCAUUUACAAAAUGGUGAUAUAUUAUUAUUAAAUCGUCAACCAACAUUACAUAGACCAAGUUUAAUGGCACAUAAAGCAAGAAUAUUAAAAGGUGAAAAAACAAUACGUAUGCAUUAUUCAAAUUGUAAAUCAUAUAAUGCUGAUUUUGAUGGUGAUGAAAUGAAUGUACAUUUUCCACAAGGUGAAUUGGCACGUAGUGAGGGUUAUAAUAUUGCAAAUGUAUCAAAUAAUUAUCUUGUACCAAAAGAUGGUACACCACUUGGUGGUUUAAUUCAAGAUCAUGUUAUAUCUGGUGUUAAGUUAACAGUACGUGGUGAAUUUUUUUCACGUGAAGAUUAUUUUCAACUUGUUUAUGCUGGUUUACCUGAUCAUCGUGGUGAUAUUAUAACAUUACCACCAACAAUAUUAAAACCAAUACAAUUAUGGUCUGGUAAACAAGUUGUAUCAACAGUUAUUAUCAAUUUAAUACCAAAAAAUAAAGCUAAAAUUAAUUUAACUGCUGGUACUAAAAUUAGUGAAAAAGAUUGGCAAAUUGAAAAACCAAGAAAAUGGAAAUGCGGCAAUGAAUUUAGCGACAGUAAGACAAUGUCAGAAGCACAACUUAUCAUUAGAAAUGGUGAAUUAUUAUCUGGUGUAUUGGAUAAAACACAUGAUGGUGCAACAACAUAUGGUCUUAUACAUUGUACAUAUGAACUUUAUGGUGGUGAAUGCUCAAGUCGUAUGUUAUCAUCAUUUGGUAAAUUAUUUUUAGCACAUUUACAAAUAACUGGUUUUACACUUGGUAUACAUGAUAUUCUUCUUGUUCCGGAAAUUGAAAAAUAUCGUCGUAAACAAAUUAAAAAAUAUCGUCAAAUUGGUGAUAAAAUACAAAAAGAUAUAUUAGAAUUAUCUGAUGAUAAUAAUUUAACACAUGCGGAAACUAUUGAAAAAAUUGAAGAAUCAUAUUCAACAAAUCCCAAAUUUCGUGCAACAGUUGAUUCAAAAUAUAAAGAACAUUUAAGUCCAUUUACUGGUGAUAUGAAUAAUAUAUGUGUUAAAAAUGGUUUAUUAAAAAAAUUUCCAUCAAAUAAUUUACAAUUAAUGGUACAAUCUGGUGCAAAAGGUUCAACAGUUAAUACAAUGCAAAUAUCUGGUCAUUUAGGACAAAUUGAGCUUGAAGGUAAAAGACCACCAUUAAUGAUUAGUGGUAGAAGUUUACCAAGUUUUGCACCAUAUGAUUCAUCACCAAGAGCUGGUGGUUUUAUUGAUGGUAGAUUUAUGACUGGUAUUGAACCACAAGAAUUUUUUUUUCAUUGUAUGGCUGGACGUGAGGGUCUCAUUGAUACUGCUGUUAAAACAAGUCGUUCUGGUUAUCUUCAACGUUGUUGUGUUAAACAUCUUGAGGGUAUUACUGUACAAUAUGAUUUAUCAGUACGUGAUUUUGAUGGUUCAUUGAUACAAUUAUUGUAUGGUGAAGAUGGUCUUGAUAUUGGUGCAUCAAAAUUCUUGACAAAACAACAAAUUGAUUUUUUGGCAAAUAAUAAAGAUGCUAUACUUGGUGGACAAGAUAAUAUUAUUGAUAAUAUUAAAGGUGAAAAAUUAAAUGAACGUCUUGAGUUACUUGUUGAUGAUUAUAUAAAAAAUAAUAGUAAAAAACUUUACAAUAAUAAUAUGAUUAGUAAAAAAGAUUUACGUAAUAUAUUAUUAGUUAAAUGUGUUAAAGCAAUGUGUCCACCAGGUGAAGCUGUUGGUUUAUUAGCAGCACAAUCAAUUGGUGAACCAUCAACACAAAUGACAUUGAAUACAUUUCAUUUUGCUGGUCGUGGUGAAAUGAAUGUCACACUUGGUAUACCAAGAUUACGUGAAAUAUUAAUGACUGCUUCGAAAAAUAUUAAAACACCAAGUAUGGAAAUACCAUUUAAAAAUAAUAUUGAAAAAUUUGAUAAAAAAUCAAAUAAAUUAAAAAUUAAAUUAACUAAAUGUGUACUUAGUGAUAUACUCAAAGAAAUUAAUAUUGAAAGAAAAUUAUCAAAAUAUCCAGAGAGACAACUUGAGUAUCAAUUAGAAAUGAUAUUUUUACCACAUAAAUAUUAUAAACAUAAAUUUUGUAUAUCAUCAUAUGAAGCAUUAAUUAAAACUGAAGAACAAUUUUAUCAUUACUUUUUUAAAGAAUUAAAAAAAAUAAUAUCUACUGAGGAUAAAUCAUUAAUUAAAAUUGAUACAGUUAAAAAAGAUAAUGAUCAAAAAAAAGAUGCAUCACUUGAUGAUGAUGAUGACGAUGAUAAUUAUAAUUCAAAUAAAAAAAAACAACAUGCUUAUGGUGAAUCACAUAUAUCAUCUGAUGAGGAUGAUGAUGAUGCUGCUGCUGGUGAUGAGGAUGCAACAGCAUCAAAAAAAAAAUCGAAACGUCAAGAAAAUCAAGAAUACGAUGAUGAUGAUUCUGAAGAUGAUAAUAAAGAUGAUAAAAAUGAUGAUAAUGAAAAUGAUGAUAAUGUCGAUGAUAAUGAGAAUAUUAAAAAAGAAAAUACACAAAAUGAUAAUGAUGAAGAUGAUGAAGUUAAAUUAAUAUCCAAAAAGAAAAAAAAAAAUGAAUUAAAAUCACGUAAACAAGAUGUCAUAGAAAGUUCUGAUUAUGCACAUGAUUAUAUUUAUGAUGAAAAUAAAUCACUCUGGUCAAAAUUCACAUUUAAACUUGAUUUAAAAUUAUUAAAAACAGAUUUAACAACAGCAAUACGUACAGCUGCUAGUAAAACAAUUUUAUGGGAAGUUAAAGAAAUAAAACGUGCAUUUAUAUAUAAAAAUGAUGAAAAGAAAAAUGAAUUAUUAUUAAAAACAGAUGGUAUUAACAUCAAUGAAAUGUAUAAAUAUCGUGAUAUACUUGAUAUCAAUAGACUCUAUUCAAAUGACAUAUACAGAAUAUCACAAACUUAUGGUAUUGAAGCAGCAACAAAUAUUAUAUUUCAAGAAGUUAAAAAUGUAUUUAAAUUGUAUGGUAUUACUGUUGAUUCACGUCAUUUAUCAUUAAUUGCUGAUUACAUGACAUUGGAUGGAACAUUUAAACCACUGAGUCGUGCUGGUAUGGAAGACUCAACAUCACCAUUGUUGCAAAUGAGUUUUGAAAGUUCAGUUGGUUUUUUGAAAGAUGCAACAAUAAAAGCUAAAACUGAUUUCUUGGUAUCACCAUCGAGUCGUUUGAUGAUUGGUCAACCAUGUAAAUCUGGUACUGGAUGCUUUGGUCUUUAUCUCAAGACACCAGCAAUGAAAACAUCAACAUCAUUGGCAUAAAAAAUAUUAUAAUCAUUUGUAUUGAUUCAAUGAAAUUACAUGAAAAAUUUUUAAUAAUAAAAUAAUAUCA